UAGAGAUUAAUGAUUAUUUUAUUAUUUUUAACAGUUGAAGAUGACUGCUUUACAUUGGGCCUGUGAUAGAGGACACACCUCAGUUGUUGGCUUACUUCUGAAACAUCAUGCCAAAACUGAUGUGGUAAACAAAUUUGCUAAGCCUCCUCUCCAUAUUGCAGUAGAAAGAGGACAUCAGCAGAUCAUCCGGCUACUUCAGGAAGGUGUGAAUUACAAAGAAGAGGAGGAGGCGGUUGCAGUGGAAUCCAUUUCACUAAAUGUCACAGAUGACUUGAACUCCAUUCCUGUUGUGUGCAAGACAGAGGAGGUUUGUACAGAGGAGUAUGAAGAAGAACCAGUGGAAGACCAGGUAGAGAAGGAGGAGGAAGAAAGGUUUAGCAUGGAGGGUGAUCUACCUCACUCUAUCCUUGCAGAUGACUCAGAUGAUCAAAACACAUCAGUCCUGGCAACACUGGCAGAAUUAGCAGAGGCCACAUCAAAAGGAUCUGAGGGCUCUGAGGAAGUGGCAAGUGCAGCUGCUUUAGAACUACUGAAAGCCCAAGCUGCUCUGCUACCAGUAGAUGACUCCUCAACCCUUGUGACAUCAGCAGUAGCACAUGGUCAGACACUACACCUUACAGAGGCUGGGAGACAGGCUUUAAAAUUGAUUAAACAGGAAAUGCCUCUACUUCCAACAGCCACAUUAAAACAGGAUCACCUUAAUGCAGACCAUAAUAAAUGUGCUAAAUCCAGUACAAGUUCAAACUCCAGCUCACACAGAAAUCGAAACAAGCAUACCGAGUCUUCAUAUUCAUCGUCUACCUUGACAGCACCAUGUCUGCCAGCUCUACUCUCAACUUCAGGUGUAGAAAGCAUAGUGGAAGAGAUUGCAGAUGAGAGUCAAGAAGUCACUCAGGUCAUAACACUAAGUCCAGAGCAGUAUGCUGCUUUGACAGGUGAGACAAAUGGGCCCAUCAUACUGCAAGUGUUGUCCAGUGGAGAGGAUCAAUUGAAUGAAUUAGACACAGGCCAGAUUCCACCAGCACCAAAACGACAGAAGGUGAUGCAGCUUGUCACAAAAACAGGGCAAGGGUUAGCAUCUCAAAAUCAGGCUGUGGCAAAAGUCUCAGGUCAGGUAAGGUACUGAGUGUGGAUGUGUCAAGAGGAGGUAAUUUGUAGUACAGCGCUUCACUGUACCAUUUACACUGGAAUAAACAUAAGUUUGACAGAACACUUUAUUGCUACAUGUAUAUGAUAUUUGUACAUUUCAACAGAAAAUGUAGAAGUAGGUAUUUCAGAAGAAAAUAUUGUUGAUAUUUGGUAAUGAUGUUAAUAUUUAUACAAAUCCAUGUUAAUAAACUGAGUUUAACUCAUA